GUGGGUGGAGCCACCCUGGGUCUUAGACGGAGGCCCGGUGGGGUCAAUCCGCGAGGCGCUGCCCGUCGCAUGGCUGUGUGGCUCCUGGGGGGCCGCCUUGGCCUGCGCGGGUACCUUGGCGCUAGUCGGUUACUAUGUCCCCGUUUCCGAAGCCGCGCCCCUCAGGGCGAGGAAGACGGGGACAGGCCUCAACCUUCCUCAAAGACACCCAAGAUCCCCAAGAUUUACACCAAAACAGGAGAUAAAGGGUUUUCCAGCACCUUCACAGGAGAAAGGAGACGCAAAGACGACCAAGUAUUUGAAGCUGUAGGAACUACAGAUGAGCUAAGCUCAGCUAUUGGGUUUGCCAUGGAAUUGAUCACAGAAAAGGGCCACACCUUUGCCAAUGAGCUUGAGAACAUCCAGUGCACGCUGCAGGACGUGGGUGCUGCCCUGGCCACGCCGCGCUCUUCAGCUCGGGAGGCCCACUUAAAGCGGGUGACAUUCGAGGCAAGCCGCAUCCUCGAGCUGGAGCAGUGGAUUGACAAGUACACCAGCCAGCUGCCCCCUCUCACAGCUUUCAUUCUGCCGUCUGGAGGCAAGAGCAGUGCAGCCCUGCAUUUGUGUCGGGCUGUGUGCCGCCGGGCUGAACGACGCGUGGUCCCUCUAGUCCAAACGGGGGAAACGGAUGCAAACGUGGCCAAGUUCUUGAACAGGCUCAGCGAUUACCUCUUCACCUUAGCCAGAUAUGCAGCCAUGAAGGAAGGCAACCAAGAGAAAAUAUACAAGAAAAGGGACGGAGCCUGACUCACUGUGCCUUGAUGACACAGCCCUACCUGGUGGCCACUGUGACCUUUGCCCUUUGCCCUUUGCCCUCCUGGGGCCUAAAGAGCUCACUCCCAGGGGUGCAGGCUCAGCUGCACUGUAUCCCCUGCCCCUUUCCACAGCCUUCCCAGGCUUCUAACCUGCAUCUCUGCGGAACUGGGGUCAACUCUGUUGCAGAAGAGACCAGCAAGAUGGCUGCGAGGAAAAGGAGCUUUGCAGACGAAAGAAUAAAAGUGGGAAAGAACAA